ACCUUCGACCCUUCAACGCGAUCCGCCAAAUUAGGACCACUAAAUUCCCACCAAUUUCCAUUACCACCUUUUGUUGCCGGAGGACUUGUUAAUUUGUUAUACAAUUUAUUAUCUAAAAUUGCUAUAACCGAUAUCAUGUCUUCUCAACAACCACUUCCAAAUACACAGCAGCCGCUUGACGUCUACGGUGGAGACGAAGUAUCAGCCCUUGUUCUCGACGCUGGUUACUGCCAUACACGAGCCGGUUUUGCAGGCGAAGAUGUCCCCAAAUCAGUUAUCCCUUCCUUUUACGGUAGUAUAAAAUCUGGCGAUGGCGAAACUGCCACCUACCGCCAAGUCUUCGGCGACGAGUGCCUGAUCCCCCGCGCCGGCAUAGAAAUAAAAAAUUACAUGUCGCGCAGCGAAAGUGUGGUCGAGGAUUGGGAUGCCGCAACCAAGCUUUGGGAGCAUACCCUCAUCAAGCGUCUGCAGCCCGAAAAACCAACACCGCCGAGUAAGAAUGGACUAAAUGAUCCGGCUGAAGACGGAGAAGGCGAUGUUGCUAUGGAGGAUGCAGAAGAGCAGGAGAAGCCCUUGGCCGAGAACCCUUUACUAAUGACCGAGGCACCAUGGAAUACUGGCAAAGCGCGAGAAAAGGCCAUCGAAAUUGCUAUGGAGAAUUGGGGUUGUCCUGCCUUUUGGUUAUCGAGAACCCCUGUAUGCGCUGCAUUCGCAGCCGGCAAGGCUUCGGCUUUAGUUAUCGACGUCGGCGGUGCGAACACGAGCGUUACCGCUAUUCACGACGGCAUGAUCUUAAAGCGUUCAAUCCAAAAAUCGCCAGUUGGAGGAUUAUGGUUAUCACAACAAAUCCGCAAUAUGUGGGAGAACAACGACCCUAAAAUUGACAUCGUCCCAUCUUUCAUGGUCGAAAAUAAGACCCCUGUAGAUGCAGGUGCCCCUGCCCAGGCGAAGCUGCGCAAGUUCCCCUUCGAGAUCUCUCCGUCGUUCCGCGCUUAUGAGGAGGAACGCCUCUUGACCGAAUAUAAGGAAUCCGUCGUCGAAGUCUGGCGAGGUCCCGGCAGGUACUUGAAUCCGGGUAACGAGGACCUCGUUCGGUCGCAACCUGGCCGUGUGUUCGAAAUGCCCAACGGGUCGAACCAGAUGUGGCGAGAGCAGCGGUUUAGGGUUUCAGAGGGUAUGUGGGAUGAGACUGCAGCGUUGCCGACACCAGAUCCCUUGACCAAGGCUCAGACUAUCCCAGAGCUUAUCAAGGCCGCCAUUAACGCGGUCGAUGUAGACCUAAGACCUAACCUGCUAGGGAAUAUUGUAGUGACGGGAGGAACAAGCUUGCUCAACGGAUUUGGUGACCGCCUUAACAAUGAGCUGAUGGCCAUGUACCCCGGCAUGAAGAUUAAGCUACAUGCCCCUGGCCUAACGACGGAGCGACGCUUCGGUGCAUGGAUUGGAGGCAGCAUUCUCGCAAGCUUGGGAACGUUCCACCAAAUGUGGAUAUCGCGUAAGGAGUACGAGGAGAAUGGAGCAGGAAUUGUUGAGAAGCGAUGCAAAUAGUAAUAGUCGUCAGAGACUCACAUUUGCAUGUUCAUGAUAAUAAAGGGUGGAUAUGUAUCCGCUCAGGCGUCCGGAGUUCGUAGAUAGUCGGCCAGGCAAGCAGGCCGAGGCACUCUUAUUACCUAGAGGGAAACAAAAAUAGGACUAUGGAAUAAUUUUUCCACGAAAAUCAAGUUAAACAGAUAAUUUUCAAUGCUGUCUGUUUCUAGUUCA